CCUUUCUUCCGGAAAUUUCGGUAAUUAAAUUCAGAUACAUCUGCAAGUUUCUGCUCCUUUAUGCAUUUGUUUAUGAUCUCAAUAACUCUCUCAAGUUAUUGCAUAUAUAUUCACUUAAAAUCAUGGUAGGCUGAGCUAGAUUUGUGAAUUAUAUUGAUGCCACUAAAGCCACUGAAUGCAGGUAAUUCAUUAUGGGCCAUGUUAUGAACCAAAUGGGUUUGCUGCAUGGAUAACAUGAAUGAGAAAGUGCAUUCUUCCUGUAGAUAUAGGCUUCACAUGUUUUUCAUUAAUUAAAUCUGUUACUUAAUCAACCGUUUAGACUAUUUGUUUAAUACACUUUUGUAUUAUUAUUUGAAAGAAGGUUUAAACUAACUAUUAAAUUGUUAGUUUGUUUUAGUUUUAACAUAUUGUUUCAAUUCUUUAAUUAACUUUCUGUAAACAUUACCUGUACCUAUUUAUUAACGUAAUUAUUUCCAGGUUGUUCGAAUGCUUUUGGAGAGGUGUUAUCAGGCGCUAUUUAAUUUAAUUACGAUAAGUGAAAAGCAGAAUCAAGAAAACAAGAGAUUACUUGAAAAAAAGCAGAGGAUUGAUGCCAUUGUUGCUUCAUUGAAACAAAGUGGGGCUGAGGAAGAUCAAAUUGAAGAGGUUCAGCAUAUCAUAACACCGCCAGAAGAAGCUGUGAUAAACAAAAUUUCUCAUAUAACCCAAAAGAUUGAUUCAAGUCAAAUUCAAAUUGGAGAAAUGAUAUCAAUUUUAGACUGUUGGCUAGACUGUUGUAAAUGUAAAUAAUGUAUUAUAGGCAAACAAAUUUGUUAUAUUUAUAACAAUAUUUUAUUUAAUAAAUCAAAUUUUAUAAAUAAUAAAAAA